AUGGUGGACGUGGUCCCGUCCCCGUCGCCGUCCGACGAGUCCGGCUCCGGCGCGUCCGGCGCGUCCAGCUCGGGCGGCGAGCAGUCCGGCGAGCAGUCCGGCGAGCAGUCCGGCGAGCAGUCCGGCGAGCAGUCUGGCGAGCAGUCCGAAGAGCACACGCCCGAACCGCCCCACGACAGCUCGCCAGAGCUGUCGCCGCACCCCAGCCUGUCGGACUCGGACCCGCCCUACGACCCCCUGUACCGCGACGAGUCGCCGCCGGCCGCCAUGCUGGUCGCGUUCGCUCGCGGCCCCACGCCGCCCUCCUCCGACGAGCACGCGUACGCCAACAGCCGCGCGCGCCACUCGGACAGCUCGUCGCCGUCCAACCCGCCGUCGCCGUUCCCGCUGCCCACGCGCUACGCGCUCCGGCGCCCGCUGCCGCUGAUCCGCUCGGCGCUGGCCAUGGCGCUGCCGUCGUGCUCGCUGCCCGCGCCGUGGCCCCGCGCGCCGCCGCCGCAGGAGCACACGCCCACGUCGACGCUGUCGUCGCUGUCGCCCAUGUCGCUGACGCCGCCGCAGUCGAAGAGCCCGUCGCCGGCGCGGGCGCGGCGCGCGCUGUCGCACAGCCUGCGGGCCCGCGCGCCGGCGGGCCUGGCGCCGGCGGGCGCAGGGCCGGCGGGCCGCAGUGGGCCGACGGGCCUCGCGCGCUCGCGCUCGCUGCCGCAGCUGCCGGAGCCGCCGUCUCGCGUGCGCUACGUGUGCCCCUUCCCCCUGCUGUCCUACCCGUUCCGGCCGAUAAUACCGCUAUAUCGUCAGGACUCGUUGAAGAAAUCCGUAUCUGAGCAACAGUUGGUCGACCUAUUUUUCAAUAUGAAAAUAUAA